AUGAGUGCUAAUCUUUUGAAAAAGUCCGCCUCGGACAUCGUCGUCCUUGCUGCCCAAAGAACCCCUGUCACCAAGUCUCUUAAGGGUGGUCUCUCCAAACUUUAUCCAGAAGAGCUUCUUCAGCAAGUGGUUGGAGGUACUUUCGAGAAAUCCAACAUCGACAAAGAACUCAUAGAUGAUGUGCUUGUUGGUGCUGUCUUGCAGACUUUGGGUGGCCAGAAGGCCUCGGCAUUGGCCAUUAAGUCGCUCGGUUUCCCCGUGAAAACUACCGUAAACACAGUCAACAGACAGUGUGCUUCUUCAGCUCAGGCCAUUUCCUAUUCGGCAGGAACCUUGCUUACUGGCGAAAACAAGUUCACUGUGGCCGCCGGUGUGGAGUCUAUGACCCACGACUACUUCCCACAUCGUGGUAUUCCUACCAGAAUUUACCAGGAAUUGAAAGAUAAGGCAUCUGCAGAGGCUCAGGCAGUCCUCAUGCCCAUGGGAAUCACCAGUGAAAACGUCGCUUCGGAUUUUGGCAUUACUCGUGAAGAUCAGGACAGAUUUGCUGUUGAAUCUCACUUGAGAGCUCACAAGGCUACUGAACUGGGACAUUUCGCCAAAGAGAUCAUCCCAAUUAAAGCACGUACUAACGGUGAGGGAGAGCCAUUGAAUGAAGUCACUAUUGACAAGGAUGAUGGAAUCAGAGGUUCUUCUACUUACGAGAAAUUGUCCACUCUCAAGCCUGUGUUCAGGGAAGAUGGAACCACCACCGCAGGUAACCUGAGUCAAAUCUCUGAUGGAGCAUCGUGUGUCAUUUUGACCACCAGAGAAAACGCUGAAAAGCACGGAUACAAGCCAAUUGCUCGGUUUCUUGGAUCGGCCGUGGCUGGUGUUCCUGCCGCCUACAUGGGAGUUGGACCAGCAUACGCUAUUCCCCAAUUGUUGGAGAGAUUCGGUCUUUCCACCAACGACAUUGACCUCUUUGAGUUGAACGAAGCUUUCGCUUCUCAGUCGUUGUACUGUAUCAACAAAUUGGGCUUGGAUACCGCUAAGGUCAACCCAUACGGUGGAGCUAUUGCCUUGGGCCACCCAUUGGGUGCCACAGGAGCUAGAGUUGUUGCAACGUUGUUGAAUGGAUUGAAAGCACAGGGUAAGGAGCUUGGAGUUGUGUCGAUGUGCAUGUCGACAGGCCAGGGAUACGCCGGAUUGUUUGCUAAUGAACAAUAA